AAAAAAGGAAAAAAUGCGACUCAUCUCAAGAAAACUAAUCUUUACUCUUCUGAUUCUCACUCUGUAUCCUCUUUCCCUCUACGCGCGGCCCUUCAUUCUCGUCCUUUCACAGGACGACAUCAAGGACACGCCGCCGUCUCCUCAGGAUGACGACUCGGCCGACUGGGACGACUUCGGCGACUCUGAGACGGAGCCCGAGGAGAAUCUCGAUCCGGGUUCCUGGAACCCCAUCUUCGAGCCUUCGAUGGACCCGGACGCGCUGAAUCGGAGCUACUAUUCCACCGUCGCAAAGAUGAUGUCGGCUGUCAGUGACGGCGACGAGCGGAAGAUGCGGGAGGCCACGGCCGAGAUUGAAGCGGCGGCUGAUGAAGGUGAACCACACGCUCGGUCGGUCUUGGCGUUUUUGUACGGAAUGGGAAUGAUGCGAGAGCGGAACAAGGCCAAGGCUUUUAUGUAUCAUCAUUUUGCUGCUGAAGGUGGUAACAUUCAAUCGAAGAUGGCUUUAGCAUACACGUAUUUGCGUCAAGAUAUGCAUGAGAAUGCGGUUAAAUUAUAUGCUGAAUUAGCUGAGAUAGCAGUGAAUAGUUUUUUGAUUUCAAAGGAUUCACCGGUGAUUGAACCAGUUAGGAUUCAUAAUGGAGCUGAAGAGAAUAAGGGGGCAUUAAGGAAGUCUCGAGGGGAGGACGACGAGGCCUUUCAGAUUUUAGAGUAUCAGGCGCAGAAAGGGAAUGUCGGGGCAAUGUACAAAGUUGGGUUGUUUUAUUACUUUGGAUUGAGAGGAUUGAGGCGUGAUCGUGCCAAGGCAUUGGCAUGGUUUUCGAAGGCUGCGGAUAGGGGUGAACCCCAGUCCAUGGAAUUUCUUGGAGAGAUAUAUGCAAGAGGAGCUGGUGUUGAAAGGAACUACACUAAGGCACUUGAAUGGCUGACACUUGCUUCUAGACAGAAGCUUUAUUCGGCGUAUAAUGGAAUGGGGUAUUUGUAUGUCAAGGGCUAUGGAGUGGAAAAGAAGAACUACACCAAAGCAAAAGAGUGCUUUGAGAAGGCAGCUGAUAAUGAUGAGGCUAGCGGGCAUUAUAACCUUGGAGUAAUGUACCUUAAAGGGGUUGGUGUAAAGAGAGAUGUGAAGUUAGCAUGCAAAUACUUUUUUGUGGCUGCCAAUGCAGCUCACCAGAAGGCAUUUUACCAGUUGGCAAAAAUGUUCCACACAGGCGUGGGGCUUAAGCAGAAUCUACAAACGGCUACUGCAUUGUACAAACUAGUUGCGGAACGAGGACCAUGGAAUUCCUUGUCUAGAUGGGCACUUGAAUCAUACUUGAAAGGUGAUGUGGGUAAGGCAUACUUCCUGUAUGCAAGGAUGGCUGAGCUAGGCUAUGAGGUAGCACAAAGUAAUGCUGCCUGGAUCCUUGACAAAUACGGAGAACGAAGCAUGUGCAUGGGAGAAUCGGGCUUAUGUACUGAUGUGGAAAGACAUCAAUGUGCUCACUCUUUGUGGUGGCAAGCUUCUGAACAGGGUAAUGAACAUGCAGCUUUGCUGAUUGGGGAUGCAUAUUACUAUGGUCGGGGAACUGAGAGGGAUUAUGAGCGUGCAGCAGAGGCUUACAAGCAUGCCAACUCCCAAGCCAAUGCACAGGCCAUGUUCAAUCUUGGAUACAUGCAUGAGCAUGGGCUGGGACUUCCACUCGAUCUUCAUCUUGCCAAACGUUACUAUGAUCAGGCCCUAGAGAAUGAUCCCGCUGCAAAGUUACCUGUUACACUUGCCCUCACAAGUUUGUGGAUACGAAAUAACUAUGCUGACAGUUUCAUGGUUCACAUAAUCGAUUCAUUGCCUGAAGUCUAUCCAAAAGUGGAGGCAUGGGUGGAUAACGUCAUCUUGGAAGAAGGAAAUGCAACAAUACUAACUCUCUUUCUCUGCCUUCUUACCGUCCUAUAUCUUCGUGAUCGGCACCGUAGGAAUGCAGUUCAGGCUGCUGGUGAGGUAGUAUUGCCAAACCAGCACCAUGAGCAUGCGCCUCGGGCAAUCCAUUAAUCGACAACAGAGGUAGUUUUGGGCCUUCCCAACCAUGGAAACUUUCACAUGAUGUACAGAAUGAAGGUUUUCUGUAGCUUUUAGGUAAAAAGAGCUUCUUACAGUGUACCAUAGAUAAGAAAACUUAAGCAAGGAGGAAUAAGAAGUCUUCUUUUGGCAGGCGAAAUCUGAAAGAUAAACAAUAUUUUAACAUAGAUUUUGUUAUAGGGGAAUUUGUGUUGUAAAAGAUACAACUUCUUGUGAUUACUGAUUAGUUGUUAUUGUUUUCAAUUA